AUGGGUGAAGUCCCCACCCUGACCGCCCCCUCGAUGUCCCCCAUGUUACCUGACCAUUGUCCCCCCCCGUCCCUUCCACCUGAACUACAUCCCGACUUCACCCCCCCGCGGCUGGCGCGCGUCGAGCGGGUGCCCAGCGCCACGGUGGACCUGGACCUGUGGCGGGGGCUAACGGACAACGCUCGUUUGGCCGCUAAUUACCGUGCCUACAGCCGCCUCCUCUGCUACCUGCGGGCGCUGGACGGGCAGGGGACGGCUGAGCUGCGUCACCGCCUCGGCCACUUCUGCUCCAGCCUGCAGGGCUUGGUGCUCAGCAUCGCCGGCGUCAUGUCCUCCUUGGGGUACCCGCUCCCCGCUGGGGGGUCCCCCGCACCACCCGGCACCUCCCCGGUGGCCCCCAAUGACUUUCUGAAGAAGAUGGAUGAUUUCUGGCUGCUCAAGGAGCUGCAAACCUGGUUGUGGCGCUCGGCCAAGGACUUCAACCGCCUCAAGAAGAAGGUGCCACCAGCUGGGGGGACGCUGCGGCUGGAGGCCAGGGGGUUCUGA